GCUCUUCAGCUCUUCACCUUGGCUUCUACGCAACACCACCACCACAGUCUCAAUUACUUGCCUCUUACAUCGAUCUGCUCUUAUAGCCGUGUCAAAAGUUGCAGUUUAGCAAAACACAAAACUCUCAACAGACAAAGCAUGGCAGCGAACUCGGCCCCAGCCCGCGGCGCCGGCGCCGGCACGGAAGACGGCGUCUUCUGGGGCUGGCUCGACGGCUACCUGAACGGCAUCAUCGGCAUCGCGAUCCUCGGCUCGCAGAUUACCUUCACAGUCCUGGUGUCGGAGAUAGCCGACCCGGCCGCCGUGCUGCAGCCAGCGACGCCAGCGUUUGGCCGCGAGACGGUGCGCGCGUUUAUCGGUGUGAGCUGGCUGCUCUUCAUCGCGUCGCUGGGAAUCUCGUCUUUCACCAAGGUCGUGCUGUCGGACCCCCACGAGCGUGCCUGGCUGAUCGCCCGCAUGGGCGUGCGCCGCUUCCGCUCGCUGUAUUCGGUGCUUACGCUUGUGCUCGACGCCCUCUCUGUCGUGCCCUUCCUGUUCCUCGCCCUUGCCACCACGGCGUACCUACCCGUCAUCGGCUGGAUUGGGACCGCGUUUGUGUCGCUCUUCUCUUUGGUGGUCGCCGUGUCCUGGUUCUUGCUCGACUGGAGGGCGUCGCUCGUCUGAGAGCGACGUAGCUCUUCAGGGCUAAACUAUGAGCAUGUGGACGCAGGAAAUUCUAGUCGGACUGGGCUUGUCCAGAAGCUGUCACGCGUGAUUAGUCAAGACGGCGAUUUCGCCGCAUUGGAAACAGGUGGUGUGGCGGACCAUUAUGGACUAUAGGCAGAAUCGGUGGGGGCAAUCAAGAUCGAUAUAUCUAGCGG